GUUGAACCCCUUUGUUCGAGCUGUCACUUUUGAAAGAGCUUUAGCAGGGCUGACCACUAUAAAACCCAUCAUCCAGGAGGAAGGGCAAAGAGAACCCUGCCAGACUUACUAGUUGGAUCUUUACUAAAGAGGUUUGCAAAGCAGAAAAAAAUACCAAGCCAGGUUCCUUGGACCCUGAAAAGUAUUUGCUCAGCCUCUGCGAUGAUGUUCCCAAGUCUCAUAGCUCCUCCGGCUGUGUACCCGAGUCUCCUGCGGCCAACUCCUACUUUAACUUUGCCUCAGUCUCUGCAGUCAGCCUUUUCUAGCCAUUCUAGCUUCUUGGUGGAAGAUUUGAUCAGGAUCAGCAGGCCUGCCAGUUACCUGCCUAGGAACGGCCCUCCGCCUAGCAUGUCCCCUCCAGCCUCCGGGACCAGCACAGCCAGGACAGACACUGUGACAUCAGACCUCGUCAGCUGCAACACCUCUAGCGCUAGGAGGGUCUGUUCCCCGCAGACUUCAGUCUCAUCCAAUAACGAUUCCACUUUCCUGAAGUUUGGGGUCAACGCCAUCCUCUCGUCCACUCCUAGAGCUGAAACCUCCCCUGCGUUGCUUCCGAGUGUCCCUCCAAAGACAUUCUCCUUUCCAUACUUUGAAGGAUCCUUCCAGCCUUUUAUCAGAUCUUCUUAUUUCCCAGCGUCCUCCUCGGUGGUGCCUAUCCCUGGCACUUUCUCGUGGCCCCUGGCUGCUAGAGGAAAGCCCCGCAGAGGGAUGCUUCGCAGGGCAGUCUUCUCGGACGUGCAACGCAAAGCUCUGGAGAAAAUGUUUCAGAAGCAGAAGUACAUCAGCAAACCAGACAGGAAAAAGCUGGCAGCCAAACUGGGGCUCAAAGACUCGCAGGUGAAGAUCUGGUUCCAGAACAGAAGGAUGAAGUGGAGGAACUCCAAAGAGAGAGAGCUCCUCUCCUCCGGGGGCUGCAGGGAACAAACCUUACCCACCAAGUUCAACCCUCACCCAGACCUCAGCGACGUGGGCAAGAAAUGCUCAGAGGAGGAGGAGGAGGAGGAAGUGUCCCCUCUGUGCCCAGCCAGCCCUCAGCACACCCUGACCUACCACCAGUCCCCCGAGCACCUGCACUUGCGGGACAGACUGGACUCCCAGAUGCCCCCCUCUCCAUCCCACUCCAGCAGCCCCAGCAAACCUUCAGACUUCUCAGACUCGGAGGAAGAGGAUGAUGAGGGGGAAGAGGAAGAGGAGGAGAUCACAGUCUCUUAGAUCUCCUGCCUGCCCCCACCACAACAGGGGACUUUGCAAAGAUGUAAAUCAAUAAACAGAAGUAUAGAAGUGCUAUACAAUUGAA